GACACCGAGUAGCAGGUCAUCGCAACACCGCAGCGGUAAGGAAAAUAAAACUAAACCAACACAAAAACGACUGAAACACGUCUUUCGCUCCGUGUAACUCUGCUGGAAAGACAUUUAUGUCAACUUCACUUCGUUUGGAACUAUAACCGAGACCGGAGCGGGACGUUUGGACUCCUCGGGACGCUGAGCACGAGCUCGAAAACAACUUUUUUUCUGCUUCUUCGUUGAGGGAAUAGCUUUUCUUUUCGAGUUGCUAACGAAGCAGAGGACGAAGUCGCCUACAACUUUUAAGUCCUCGUAUUAUUGUUUUACUCCGCCUCCGCGCCUCGUGGAACUGCUGCUGACGGUGAGACACCAGAGAAGCGGCGUCUCUGUGGCCACCUGACCUGCUGGGAAAUUAGACCGUAGCUAAUGACAGCAGGCUGGAUCAUACUGCUGCUCAUUACUAAGCUCUGCGAGGAGCGGGACAGGGUUUCUGAGAGGCUGUUGCAUGUCCAUCCUGACGCAGGUGAAGUUUGCAGAAUCCAAUUAAUGAUUUCUAAAUUAUGGUAAGUGCCAAUUAAUUUGUUUCAGCUGUGAAAUUGAAUUAGCUGGACUAAACUGCCCGUAGAAGUUGCCCCUUUGCAUUGCCUCACUUUAAUUGCUACCAAUCGGCGGAUCAUCUGUCAGAGGCGGGCAGCAUGGAUAUAACCGGGGUGCCCGUCCUCCAGCGGUCGUGAUGCCAAGCGCCGGUGUAACCCCGGGCUGCGAGCCCGUAAUGCCUGCUCUCUAACCAGUGUGGCGCCGUGUCCCGGUCAACCCGCCACGAUGAGCAGCACCGACUUGGAGCGCAUGUCGCUCAGCUCCUCGGCCAACUCAGUGGCUUCCAGUGCCCGGACGCUGUCGGCCAACGUGAGGAAACUGCACAACGCGCUCAACCUCCUGCUCAACGACUUUGAGAGGGAGCAGUUCAUCCACUGCCUCAACGUGUACCACUCCAAACGCAACGUGUACGACCUGGUCCAGACCCUCAACGUCAUCCUCAACGCGCCCAGCAAGCGGCAACUUCUGCCCAUGCUUCGGUUGGUCAUCCCCCGCUCCGACCAGCUCCUCUUCGAGCAGUACACCUCGGAGGGCCUCUACUUAAAAUCGGAUUCAGUUGCAAGCAAUGGCAACGCUGAACCCCCGCCGGGAGACUUCCCCAGUGCCAGCCCUACUCCUCCGGGGCAUUUCUCACCAAACAACCCGCCUGAGUUUCAGGUGGCGUUGCGUGGCUCUCCGGACAGCUUCAGCACCAGCAGCGAAGGGACAGCUCCCCUGGUGCCUCUGCUCGGGAGGAACUUUGUCCACGAGCCGCCGGGCGAGAUCCGGCAGGUCACCAUGAAGAGACACAAGAGCAACGAGGGCCUGGGCUUCAGCAUCCGCGGAGGGUCCGAGCAUGGGGUCGGGAUCUACGUGUCCCUGGUGGAGCCGGGAAGCCUGGCGGAGAAAGAGGGUCUUCGAAUCGGCGACCAGAUCAUGAAAGUCAACGACAAAGUCUUCGACAAAGUCACCCAUGCUGAUGCUGUGAAGGUGGCUGUAGGAGAAAGCAGAGAGGAGACAGAGAGGCUCCAAGUAGCUGCAGGGCACCAGACCCAGGUGCCCUGCAGCUACUGCAAUCAAGGCUGGACGACACAGCACAGCCACACCCUCUCCAGAUGA